UUCACCAUCUCCUCCUUCACCAUCUCCUUCUCCUUCUCCAUACCAUUCUCCAUCAUGCGCUGACAAUGGGAAACACAACCAGCUCCCAUAAGAUCUCCGCCCAGGACCGGGCCAUCCUAGAUCUCAAAAACCAGCGGGACAAACUCCACCAAUACCAGAAGCGGGUGGUGGUUCUGACCGACCGAGAAACUGCGAUCGCGAAAGAAUGUCUGGCCCGGAAUGAUCGCAAACGCGCCUUGCUCGCUCUCCGCCGCAAAAAGUACCAGGAGUCGCUGCUGGACAAGACCGACAAGCAGCUGGAACAGUUGGAACAACUCACGGGACAGAUCGAGUUUGCGCUCGUGCAGAAGGACGUUCUCUUCGGCCUGCAGCAGGGGACGCAGGUCUUGCAGACCAUCCAUAAGGAAAUGGGCGGCCUGGAGGGGGUGGAGAAGCUGAUGGGCGAGACGGAGGAGGCAAGAGCCUACCAGGAGGAGAUCAGCGAGAUGCUUGCGGGACGUCUGUCCACCCAGGACGAGGACGACGUCGAAGAGGAAUUGGAAGAGUUACAACGGGCGACCCAGGGCCCGGUUGUCCUGCCGAAUGUCCCCGUCUCUACGCUCCCGGAGGGCGAAGGGGUCGAAGAAGACGAGCAACCCGCCGAAGGAUCCAAGGCCCGAGUCGAGGAGCGCACCGCGAUUCCUGCUUGAGAUUGACUCACUCCUUCGCCUUUGAUACUCCGAUCAGGCGCUUCUAUUACUUACAGCUAUUAGCAUUGUCGGCGUUGGUGGUUUCCAGGGAUGACAUUGUCUCGCAUUGUUAGAUUUCUCUGCUAUUUAACUAUCUCACUACCUAGUGUGACUAGACGGUCGAGCACGGAUUUGUAUACAUUGUCUGAAUAUGAGAGUCCGGCUCCGUAACCAAACGAAUGCACAC